GCCCAGCCCAGGCUUCUUCUUCGGCUUCUUAUUCUUCGUCGUAGUAUUCGUGUUGCUUUCGUCUUCCUUGCAGCGAAGGGUGGGGAGGCUAAUGAUAGGGGACGACGUCUGUCUGUCUGUCCGACUCCUCCCUGCAAAGCUGUCCAUUCACCCGUUCCUCCCGUUCCAUUUCAAAAGCUAAACGUCGUCUUCCUGGUUUGGUUCUCAUGUCAAGCUGAAUGUUGUCCGCCCUUACGCUCGCGCUCUAGUGGGAGAGACGGGCACCCGACGACGGAGGAGGCAGCGUGCAGCGUGCAGCGUGUCUCUCCAUUGGCCGUCGCGUUGUUGGUGGAGGUGUUGCGCACAUUUUUUUUUUUUUUUUUUUUUUUUUUUUUCAUAAUAUAUAUUUACGCGAGAGAGAGCGAGGGAUGUGUUAGUGAAGAUCAGGGGCGGGGCGGACAGGGAGAACUGGAUCUUGUCUUCCGUGGAGCUAGGCAGAGUGAAAGGCGGUGAGCUUGGGCGGGAGUGGUAGUUUGCUAAGAGCAGUGGUGAAGCGGAUGGUUGUGGAGUUGAAAGAGAGAACGAGGAGGGCAGGGUUUUUGAUUGGUUUUUGGGAUAGUUUUAGGUGGAGGUGAGUUGGAUCUGGCGUGGAAAGGGGGAGGUUGGGAAGAGAGAGGAACGGGGAGUGGUUGGUGAUGUGGCAGAGGUGAAUUUGCGCGUGUUGCGACUGUUGUUUUUGUAAAGGAACAGCAGAGUUUCUGGGUUCGUUUCCACAAUGUCGGAAGAUGAGAAGCUCCUCAAGGAGGCCAAGAAGAUGGCCUGGGAGGAUAGACUGGCGCAUAAGAAUUGGAAGGUUAGGAAUGACGCCAAUAUCGACGUUGCUGCCGUGUGCGAUGGCAUCAUGGAUCCCAAAGACCCCCGCCUUCGAGAAUUUGGUCCUCUGUUCAAGAAAGCAGUGGCCGACUCAAAUGCUCCUUGUCAAGAGAAGGCCUUGGAUGCACUUAUAGCAUACUUACGCGCAGCAGAUACGGAUGCUGCUAGAUAUGCGAAAGAAAUAUGUGAUUCUAUCGUAGCCAAGUGCAUGACAGGGCGACCAAAGACACUAGAGAAGUCUCAAGCGGUUUUUCUUCUCUGGGUCGAGCUUGAAGCAUCGGAAGCUUUUCUGGACGCUAUGGAGAAAGCUGUAAAAGCUAAGCUUGCGAAAGCGGUAGUUCCUGCGAUUGACGUAAUGUACCAGGCUGUAAGCCAAUUUGGUACCAAAGUGGUCCCCGCAAAGCGAAUAAUAAAGAUGCUCCCAGACCUCUUCGAUCAUCCGGACGCAAACGUGAGGGCCUGUGCAAAAGGGUUAACUAUUGAACUUUGCCGGUGGAUCGGAAAAGAUGCUGUUAAAAACCUUCUUUUCGAUAAGAUGCGAGAUACUAUGAAAAAGGAGCUGGAGGUAGAAGUUGAUAAUGUCGUUUCUGGAGCUAAGCCCAUUCGAAAAAUUAGGUCUGAGCAGGCAUUAGAAUGUGAAGAAACAGUAGUAGCCUCUGUAUCAACUGCAGGGCCUGCCGAUGAAGCUGCUGUGCCAGGUUCAUCUGAUAUAGAUGAGUAUGACCUAGUAGAUCCUGUGGACAUUCUGACACCAUUGGGCAAGUCAACCUUCUGGGAUGGAGUGAAAGCAACAAAAUGGUCUGAAAGACGAGACGCAGUGGCAGAGCUGACAAAGCUGGCUUCUGUUAAAAAAAUAGCAAACGGUGAUUUUUCAGAAGUAUCGCGGAUAUUGAAGAAGCUUGUAUCAGAUGUAAAUAUAGCUGUCGCUGUUGAAGCAGUACAAGCAAUUGGCAAUUUAGCUAGUGGGUUACGAAAGGAUUUUAACUCGGGCUCGAAGUUACUAUUGCCUGUCCUUCUGGAUAAAUUGAAAGAGAAAAAACAAGUCAUGGUUGAUGCUCUAACGACAACACUCAAUGCUAUGCACAAGGGUGGUUGCAUUCAAUUACAAGACGUUAUCGAAGAUGUUAAACUUGCUACCAAAAAUAAAGUUCCUUUAGUACGAUCCUCUUGUUUAACAUGGGUAGCUACAUGUAUUGAGACCAGUAAUAAGCCGACAGUUCUCAAGUUGCAUAAGGAAUACAUACCCAUCUUAAUGGAGUGCUUGAAUGAUAGUUCUCCGGAGGUACGAGAUGCCGCUUUUUUGGCCCUGGCUGCUUUUGCGAAGGUUGUAGGCAUGAAGGUGUUGGAAAGACCAUUGGAGAAGCUUGACGAAGUCAGGAAGAAGAAACUCGUUGAACUUUGUGGUGUUGAAAGCAGUACUCCUGCUACAGCAGUUCCAGCCUUCUCUAGAGCACAGGCGGAUUCUAAUGGUUCGGCUCUUGGAAAUGGAGCUGGGAAGCCUGCCUCUGCUGCCAGUCUCCUAUCCGGGAAAAAACCUCCCUCUGCUAUUCCUAAGAAGGCUAGUGUUGGAGGAACCUCCAAGCCUGGUGGAGCUUCCAAGCCAGGUGCUUCAAAAAAAUCUGAUGGAAGUUCAGCUUCCUCAAAGCCUCUGACUGAAGCUGUCGAGGACGUUGAGCCCGGAGAGAUGAGUUUGGAAGACAUAGAGACUAGACUUAGUCCCCUUUUUGAAUCGGAAGUGAUAACAAAUUUGAAGAGCGCAAAUUGGAAAGAACGACUUGAAGCUAUAACUGCUUUGCGAGAUACUGUCGAAGGGUUGAAGGCGCUCGAUCAAUACGCUGAACUGCUCAUUCGCCUAUUGUGCAUAUUACCUGGCUGGAAUGAAAAAAACAUUCAGGUACAACAGAAGGCUAUAGAAGCUGUUAUAUUGAUUGCCACAAACGCAACACGCUUUUCGAAGAAAUGUGUGGUUCUAUGCCUCACAGGCGUUGUGGAGAAAGUUGGUGACAUUAAAACUAGGAUACAGGCUACUAAAUGUCUUACUACGUUUUGCGAGGCAGUGGGACCAAAGUUCGUCUUUGAGAGGCUUUUCAAGAUUAUGAAGGAUCACAAGAACCCUAAAGUUCUAAGUGAAGGUUUAAGUUGGAUGGUUACAGCCUUGGACGACUUUGGAAUUGGACAUGUGCCGCUAAAGGACCUCAUUAACUUCUGUAAAGAAACGGGUCUCGGUUCCAGUGCUGCUGCUGUCAGAACUGCUACUAUCAAGCUAUUUGGUGUUCUUCACAAAUUUGUUGGCCCAGAUCUUAAAGGUUUCUUAAGUGAUGUGAAGUCGCAACUUCAAACCAUGAUUGACGCAGAGAUUGAGAAAAACCCCUAUGAGGGACCAGUUUCUGCACCUAAAAGAACUAUAAGAGCAGUUGACGUCGGAGCUCCGUCAGGUGGCACUGACGGCUUGCCUCGUGAAGACAUUAGUGGGAGAUUAACUCCAGCACUGUUGAAGAAUAUGAGCAGUCCCGACUGGAAGCUGCGACAAGAAGCUCUUGAGAGUUUGAAUGGGAUCAUUGAGGAGGCUCAUAAAAGGAUUCAGCCUACUGGAACAGGUGAACUUUUUAUGAGCCUGAAGGCGAGACUCAACGAUUCUAACAAGAACCUAGUUAUGAUGACAUUGGCCACCCUCGGUGCUAUAGCAACAGCUAUGGGUCCGGUCGUUGAUAAGCAUAGCAAAGGGAUUUUGGCCGAUGCUCUCAAAUGUCUUGGUGACAAUAAGAAGGUCGUUCGUGAAGCAGUCAUCAAGAUGCUGGACUCAUGGGUGCUGUUAUUGCAGCUUGAUAAAAUGCUUCCAUAUAUUGUACCCGCAUUGGCUGAGGCUAAAAUCUGUGCUGAAGGACGGAAGGAUCUAUUUGAGUGGGUGGCUAGGAAUGUGGCAAAACAAGGCGAUCAGCCGGUUUUGUUGCAGCUUGUUAAACCUAUUUCUAUUGGUUUACAGGACAAAUUUGUAGACAUGCGGAAAUCGGCCGAAGCGUGCUUGGUGGAGCUUAUUCGAGUCUUUGACGUUGAACCAGUGAUGAAAGCGUCUAAAGGCAUUCAAGGAUCAGGGCUAGCUGCACUGCAGACUGUAUUCGAUCAUCAAAGAUCCUCUAGUGCCUCAGAAGAUUCUUUUACGAUGAGCACAACUCCCAAAGCUGGAAGUAAAGCCUCCACUUCGGAGGUUCGAGCUUCGAGUAGAAAUCCUAGUACUGUUGGCCGGGGAGCUGGUGCGAGACAAUCGGGUUCAAAACCUACAAAGACAUCAGCUGCAUUGGCCGCUGAAGCAUAUGAAUCACAAAUGCAAGGACAAGCUCUGUUCAAUUUAAAAGAUUCACAUAAGAGCGAACGAGAGAGGUUAAAUGCCCGCAAGUACAAGUUCGAUGACGCUGCAAGAAGAGAGCAACCACACGACAUAGAGGUUGAUAUUGUUAAGUUCUUUCGAGAAGAUCUUCAGAAGAAGCUUUUAAGUCCGGAUUUUAAAAAGCAAAUUGAAGGUCUCGACAUACUACAACGGGCUAUACCAACUCAGACCAAAGAGAUAAUCGAGAUAUUGGAUGUCAUUUUCCGAUGGAUGUCAAUUCGAUUUGCAGAGUCAAAUACUACAUGUCUUCUAAAGGUCUUCGACUUCCUUUUCGGUCUUGUGGAGGGGUUGAAGGGUGAGGCAUAUAUAUUUAGCGAGUUUGAAGCAAGCAUCUUGUUCCCAUGUUUGGUGGAAAAGUCUGGCCAUAACAUUGAGAAGGUCCGUGAGAAAGUUCGGGAGCUGAUAAGGCUACUAUGCUCUAUCUACUCGGCUCCAAAAGUGUUUGGCUUUAUAACAGAUGGCCUGAAAUCGAAGAACAACCGGACGAGGAUUGAGUGUGUAGAGAAUAUUGAAUUCAUGAUAGAGCAGUGUGGUAUUGAGAUUGUAGGCCCCACAAAAGCUUUGCAGUCCAUAGCGGCUUUUACUGUCGAAAGAGAUGGUGAUAUUCGGAAAGCAUCACUAGCAGCGCUUGCAACUGCAUAUAAAAUUCUGGGUGACGAUAUCUGGAAAUAUGUGGGCAAGAUUUCAGGAGCACAGAAAGGGGUGAUGGACGAAAAAUUUAAGUGGACGGCUCGGGAAAUGGAGAAACGAAGAGAAGGUAAACCUGGCGGAGCUAGAGCGGAAGAAGCAAGAGCUCUUGAAGCAAGGGCUGAUGUGGGGAGAGCUUCCUUAAAGCGCUCUGCUGUGGAUACCAGUUCGGGAUCAAGUAAUGGACACUCUGAAGGUGGAAUUGAGGGGCCCCACGGAAAUUUACGACAAUCAAGUCCAUUGGACUGGAAUGAGGCGCUUGACAUCAUCAACAAUGCAACAUCAUCAGAGCAGGUGGUUGAUGGCCUAAAACUUGUAUGUCACGAGCUGGCAAAAGCUGCGGGAGAUCCAGAUAGUGGGGCUCUUGAUGAACUUGCAAAUGAUGCGGAUCUUCUUGUUACCACCCUCUUUGUCAAAGUCACAACCACUUUCAAUCUAGGUCUUGCUGGAGCUUCUUCAAGAUCUUGUAAAUAUGUCCUGAAUACUCUUAUGCAGACAUUCCAAGUGAAGAAACUUGCACGAGCUGUCAAGGAGGGCACCCUGCACAACCUCAUCACUGAGCUUUUAGUUUGGCUUUUGGACGAGCGAGUUCUACUAAUGGACGAUGGUAGUCAGCUGCUUAAGGCCAUGAAUGUUCUGAUGCUGAAAAUACUGGAAAAUGCGGAUCGCACAUCAGCAUUCAUAGUCUUGAUCUACCUAUUGCGUCCUAUUGGUUCAUCAAAGUUUGCUGGUCGUCAACAAGGAACAGCAGUUGUUAGAAAUCAGAAAUUUCUGGAUCUGGUUGUGAAGUGUCUUAUCAAGCUAACCAAGGUUCUUGGUUCAACUUUGCUUGAAGUAGACCUUGAUCGAAUUCUUCAAAGCAUUCACGAGUAUUUUGAAGAGCUGGGAAUGGCAGAAAUACGGAAACGAGCUGGAGCGGACGACAAGCCAUUGCGCAUGGUGAAGACAUUGUUGCACGAGCUUGUAAAGCUCCGUGGCGCCGCAAUCAAAGGACACCUUUCAUUGGUGCCGAUUGAUCUGGAGCCUCAACCGAUCAUUCUUGCCUACAUCGAUCUCAACCUUCAGACCUUGGGAACCGUUGGCCAAACACAGUGGUCAGCUGCAAACAAUGGAGACUCUUCACCAUCGAAUCAUUCUGCUGAGGCACAACUGAAACAAGAGCUUGCUGCAGUGUUCAAGAAGAUCGGUGAUAAGCAGACUUGCACAAUUGGUCUUUACGAGCUUUAUCGUAUCACACAGCUUUAUCCUCAGGUUGAUAUUUUUUCCCAACUGCAAAAUGCGAGUGAAGCUUUUCGGACCUACAUAAGCGAUGGCAUUGCCCAGAUGGAAAGAAAUGCAGCUGCUGGUAGGGCUUUUGGUAGUAUGCCUAUCGCCACACCUCCCCCUGUGUCUUCUCCAACAGUUCAACACAACAAAUCAUCGGCUUCGUUCCUACUUCGUGGCAGGGGCCAGGGAGUUGGAGUGGAAAGUGGUAGCUCCCAUGCAUUGCACCCAUAUGAGGAUAAUAGUAAUACAGGAUAUACCGAUGCUAAAUCAACUGAAUACACUGAAGCGCUGCCUUUAAAAUCAUCUGCUGGCCAUAAUGUUAUGCCUACUGCUCAAGGCCCUGGUGAUUUGAAACCCCACAAUCAAGCCAUAGGAGGCACUUUAGAUGCGAUAAGGGAGAGGAUGAAGAGCAUCCAAGCUGGCGCAGCUGGAACAACAGUAACUCACUCGACAAAUUUUUCUUCGAAUGGCUCUGUUUCACUCUCUCGGACUAGUUCGAGUGGGGAAAUAGUUGAAGACAGGGCCCUUUCUGGACUGCAAGCCCGGAUGGAGAGAUUGAAGGCUGGCGGGGGUUCAGAGUAUUAGACCACCUGAAGACGAUAAUCAUUUGCAUCUUCUUAUCAAGUGAUCAUGUGUUUUCACCUCUGGAAACAGACAUCUUUACUGGGUGCCUCUACUAGAUCAAAGUUUUUUUGAUAUUAGGUAUUAGAUCACCAGCUAGAUCAGUACCUGAUUUGUGUACUAUCAUCUUUAAUGUUCGAUGGUUAGUGUAUUAUUCAUUACCAUAUGGCCAGACACGGAAUAUCUGCACCUGCCGCAUGUGGACUGGAUGGUGCUUUUGGUCGGCUUGUCAUCGCUGCCUGCUCAGCGAAGAGUUUUCUCGAAGACUGGCCCAUGGACCCUGGAGGACCCAAGUUCUGGUGGAAGGAAUAGCUCUUGGUAUUAGUUGUAAGAAAUUUAUAUUUAGUACCUCUUCUGUGUUAUGAAGGUGCGGGAGUAAGAUGUCAAGCUGACAUCUUUUCUUAAUCAAUGGCAACAUGAAUCCGUUCAAUAGUCGCAAA